AUGCUUAUUGAACACAUUCCAGACAUAACUCCCAGUUUAGAGAGCCGAGAUAACCCAUUUUUACCUGGAUCACCUUUAGCUAAGGAAACAGAAGACUUGCUGAAGCGAGCCACAAUAAUCCGGGACAAAUUCUAUUUGGAUAAAGACGGAAAUCGCGUGGAAACACCAACUAGUCCAAAUGGAAUAAAAGGAAAAGGAGAUAUAGCAGACAAUGCCAAAGUUGUAGUUGAAGAUGUUGUGUCUUCAGUACAACAAGAGGUGCAAGCCGCCUCCCCUUCUCCUAACAGUCCUUCAAAAGAGAACGGAAAAGUCAAUGAUCUAGUUACACCCGAAUCUGUGAAAGUAGAAAUAAAUGAUAAGGACCAACAAGCACCUGCUGGGGGCAACCACACGGACAAACCAACUUCCCCGAAAAAUAAAAAAAAGGAGAAAAAGAAAUGCUGUUCGAUACAGUAG